AUGUCCGACCAACUUAAGGAACUUGGGAGACAAGCUUUUGUCAAACAGGAAUACAAAAAGGCUGCUAAAAUCUACCGCGAUGCCAUCAAAAUAGACCCUACCUCCCCAGUACUCUACUCCAACAGGGCAAUGUGUUUUGUGAAGAUGGAGGACUGGCAGCGGGCUCUUGAUGAUUGCAAGAAAGGCCUU